AUAAGGCCCGGCCAAGCUGAUCCACUCACUAAGCCACAGAAAGCUAACUGGAAUAUUGCGAAUAAACAAUCCAUUGUGCUCUCACUGCUGAUUAAAACGUCCCAGGACAUAGUACAGAGACCGAAUAGUGAAUUAGCAGAAAAACUACAAUUGCGGCAGUGAUCAUGGAGCACAGUGUGAUUGCUUCAUGUAAAAACAUCUUCAACAGUAUCGCAGCAGACGUGGAACGGAAAUACCUGCUGAAAGAUGAACACUUCUUCAAAGGGGAACUAUUCAUGGCACUCCAACCAAAGAUUCUCAAUGAAAACGACCAAUGGACUGUCAAGAUGGACUACAAUCACCCUCACCUCAAGACGGGGAAGGUGGACUUAGCUGUUUUAGAUCAUCGGAAACGUAGCCUGCUGUUGAUGGAAGUAAUCCGCCAAGCAGAGGGGACAGAACCAAAAUCAUUGGUGCAUAAACUGAUCCGAUUGGCAACCCUCGUUGCUUGGAAUUGGAAAGUGGAUGCCAUCGGUACGUUAGUCAUAGUUGGGGACUCGAGGCAAAUGGCAGAAGUUUAUAUCCCGGAUAAUACAAUACUAUAUCGUAAACGUAACCUUGUGAAUUUAGAUAAAUUACAUGUGACGAAACAAGGGACAAACAACUUUGAGAAAUAUAUGAAAGAUUUGUCGAACGAAUUGUGUCUCGAUUCCCCGAAGAAUGAUAUCAUCCCAGCAAACAUAACCGUUGAGUGUCUGCGGCAGUUUUCCACACUAAAAGCAGUAAAAGACGAGGAGAAGUUUGCAAUAACUGUCUGGCGUGUUCGGGCAAGCAAUCAGAAGACAUUUCUAACCGAGGUUGAGAAAGAACCUGUUGAUAAUUCCAUAGCCAUGAUGCAGCAAACCUACAAACUCUUCAACAGAAAAUGGGAGUCUAAACCUUUUCGGUUAUCAAACAAGGAUAAAGUUUAUUUCUAUGACGAGUUGUGCAUUGGGAAAUCAGAUGAGGACAACUGAAGGAGGAGGAGUUUUGCUACAUUCUCCUAUUCACCAAUUUUCUUUGCGUGCGACUUAUAGACUACUUGUGCUGGAGGGUUACAACACAUAAGUUUAAAGAUCCUACCUGUUGA